AUGGCAGAACCUACCAAACAAGAAACUGAACAGGUCUUCAAAGUUCUCAAAGCUCAAAAGGCCAACAAAACCUGCUUUGACUGUAAUGCCCGCAAUCCAGCCUGGUCUAGCGUUACUUAUGGUGUCUAUAUCUGCCUGGACUGCUCGAGUGUCCACCGAAACAUGGGCGUACAUAUAUCUUUCGUUCGAUCAACAAAUCUCGACUCUUGGCAGCUCGCCCAGUUACGGAACAUGAAAGUUGGCGGGAAUCAGUCUGCAACGGACUUUUUCACUAAGCACGGCGGUCAGUCACUGUUAAACGACGCUGAUACGAAAAAGAAGUAUUCUAGUCGCGUUGCUGAGCUUUACAAGGAGGAAUUAGCGAAACGAGUGAGAGAGGACACUGCUAAGUAUGUAUUCCCGCAGGGUAUAUUCGUUGAAGGCAUAGAGACACCCGUAGCGCCUAAAGAGAACACUGAAGAUGAUUUUUUCGAAUCAUGGUCGAAGCCAUCCACACCGAAACCCUCGGCACCUUCUACCCCUCGAAUCUCCACUCCUCCCAUCCUUGGUCGUACACCGUCCCCUGUUACCCCCGCAUCGUCUUCCACAUCGAUUACUGCGCCAGCUCCUCGUACGACCACAUCAUCGGCAGCAGCUCGUACUGGCAAAAUAGGUGCUACCAGGCUCAACUCUGCGACAAGUAUCGGUUCGGGACCCAAAAAAUCAAAACUAGGGCUAGGUGCUUCAAAGGCUGCGAAGCCCAUCGAUUUCGAGGAAGCGGAACGCAAAGCUCGCGAGGAGGCCGAACGUAUCAAACAGCUCGGGUACGACCGUCAACGCGAAGCAGAGGAGGAAAAGGUCCGCAAAGAAGCUGAGGCGAAGAUGGCAGCUUUAGAGAUCGGCAACAAGACUGUUUCCGCUUCUGUUAGUGCUGCCAAAAAGGUUGAAACACCGAAGUCCGCUUCAUUUCCUCGAUUCGGCUUCGGUGCUAUCCCUAGCGCAGGUGCAGCAGCAGCAGUAGUGCAAGGGGCGAAAUCCAACUCCUCGGAUGCUGUCGACGACGCACCCACGACUGCUCGUGAUAAAUUUGGCAAUCAAAAAGGCAUCUCCUCAGACAUGUAUUUUGGGCGAAACUCUUAUGAUCCCCAGGCAGCAGCCGAGGCUCAAAAUCGACUACAAUCUUUUCAAGGUGCAUCUGCUAUAUCCUCCAGCCAGUACUUUGGCCGAGACGAUGAAGAUGAGCUUGCGAUGCGCCGAGGCAAUAGUGACUCUUUGCUUGGAGAUGGAAGCUUGGCCGGAUUGGAGCUUGCUGCGCGGGAUGCUUUGUCACGGGUUAUGGCCAAUCCCGAUGUGCAAAACGUCGGAGACAGUAUUCGAAAUGGAGCGCUAAAGGUCAGCGGAAUGUUUUGUUGCUGCCAAAGUUCCAUUUGUCUCAAAUCAUCACAUUCUAGCUGUCUGACUAUCUCGCGCAAAUGUCGGAGCACUAGUCUUCUGUACAUAAGAGCAGUAUACCACCGUUUUUAUGCAUGGUAA